UUUAACUUUUCUAUAUCGUGGAAACGUGGACCAUGACUUAUCAUUUAUAUUUUUUACCAAAUUCAUAGGUACUAAAACUAUGAAAUGAAUAGGUUUUUUACUUAUCAUGUAGUUAUCUCUAUCAUCAAAUAUUGAAAUAUGUCGGAGUAAUUUAAUACAAUAUCGGUAUAGUUUGAAGUACCUAAUUGAUAUCUAAGCGAUAUUAUGGUCGACAAUGAAAAUAUUUUUUCGGAGUAAUACAAUGUCGUGGUAGUAGAUAGUCGUAGCACUGGUGUUAUCCCGUGCGGACCUAAUUCACCGUCUUGUUUACCCACGUUAUCAUUUGCCACGUACGCGUUUUCCAUUCGUUCUUCAACGCCGCGCGACCAUCUUCGUCGUCGUCGAAUAUCAUCUCAAUCUGAGCGUCACGAGUGCGCGUUCAUAUUAUAAUCAUAUUCGACGUCGUGUCCGCUCGCGUUAUUAUUACGCCGCGUACGCGUUUUCCGUUCCGUCAUUCGCCGUCGUGCAAAUACAUAACCUGCCGACGGUCGCGUCGACAUAAUAUUUCGACGACGCGCGUCCAUAUUCGCCGUCGUCAAUUAUACCAAUUUGGGUAUUACGGGUGCGAUAUUCACCGUCUUGUUUACCUACGGUGUCGUUACGCCACGUACGCGUUUUCCGUUCCGUCCUUUACCGACGCGCGUCCGUAUUCGCCGCUGUCAAAUAUAAAAUCGAUCUUACGAUUGCGCGUAUUAUCCGCCGUCGCGUUCGCUCACGUUAUUAUAACGCCCACGUACUUGUUUGUACGUGCCUCGUUUGCCACCGCGCAAGUACGUUCCCUUCAGACUAUUGCGAUAUCCAUCCUGUACGGCCAUAGGAGUGUGCGUCCCCUUUACCGUCGUAACGACUAUCCGUUCGGGCAAUACGAGUGAGCGUUUUUCUUCUGCCGCAAACAUUAUCGGCCGACAGUCGUUAUAAUAUACUCGCUGACGAUUUCGCCUACGAGUUGCUGUGCUAAGACAUCCAAGCCCUGGACUUCAUAAAUAUAGGUACAAUUUAAAAUGCGACAUGUCAACAUUCAACAAAACUUUACACAAGUGGUUGAAGCUGAUGAAUUCCUAUCACUAUCAUCUGAAAAGUUACUUAAGUGCAUCCCCAGUGAUGAGCUUACGGUGCUAUCUGAAGAAAAAGUAUUUGAAUGUGUUGUUCGUUGGGUAAAGCAUGACUCAGAUUCUAGAAAAUGUAUUUUACCCCAAUUGUUGGAACAUGUUCGUUUACCAUUAACAUCGGAAUCAGGAACUCUAAAAAGUGUAGAAGCAUACAGACCAAGUACAGGAGUUUGGACUACAAUGCUGCCCUCCUACUGGGAAAAGCAGUAACUACAAAAAUCAUUUUUUUGGGAAAUUGAACUUUUGUGUUUUUGUUAUUUUUGUAAUUAAUUUUAAGAUUUUAAGUAUAUCUUUAGACUGAAACAGAUGGACAUUUGUGCUGGAAAUUCAAAAAUGCUAUUAAUUUUGUGAUUAAUAAAUUAUUUUUGAUAGUUUUCACAUAAUAAUGCAGUUACUGCGUUUCACGUUAGCAUUACCCACAUAA